AUGGCGUCGUUGGAAUAUGACCUUGGAAUUUUUGAUUCAAUUAACCAUCUCCUCUACCACCACUCAGACUUACCGGAGUUUAUGUUUUCCGGUACCGGAAAUGGGGCGUCGUCGUCGGUGGGAGACUCCGGGGACGCUUCUGAGGAGGUGGUGGGGGCGGGGAACCAGGCGCCGCCGGAAUGGAAGAGAUAUCGGGGGGUGAGGCGACGGCAAUGGGGGAAGUUCGCGGCGGAGAUAAGGGAUCCGGCGAGGGGAGGCGCGAGGCGGUGGCUGGGGACGUAUGUAACGCCGGAGGAGGCGGCUCUGGCUUACGACCGGGCGGCGUUCGAGCUGCGGGGCACCCGAGCUUUGCUGAACUUUCCCGGGCUAGCGGCUUCCGGCAUUCCGGAGCCGGUUAGAGUGAAACGUCAAAAGCCAAAGCGGCGUGCGCUUCCACCUUCCCCGCCAUCGCCGUCGUCAUCUUCAUUGGAAAAUGGCGGCGCCUCAAAGAAGACGAAAGUGAGUGUAUUAAACAGCCUCGCCGCCGCAACCGCCAAGUUGGGUUCUCAGACCAUGCUAGAGAUGUUUCAGAAGGACAAUUCAUCAGUGUCCAUUAUUGACACCCAAGUUGAUGUAGAGUAUCUCUGUUUUCCAGCAAAUUAACUUUGUUUCUGUUUUUGUUUUUGUUUUUUU